AUGUCAUCUAUUGAUCAAACCAUUCAACAAAUAAACACAGCAACAACAAUCAUCAUUUCCAUUAUGUAUUUUGUCAAUUUCAUAUUUGGUGUGAUUGGUCUUACUUUCAAUGUCUUUGUUUUUACUCGCCCAUCUUUACGUGAAACACCAUGUUCAAUCUAUUUUUUAGCAUCAACAUUCUUUAAUUUCUUUGUUAUAUUAGCUAUAAUUCCUUUACGUUUAGUUUUAAACAAUUUCAAUAUAGAUUUGGCUACUUACAAUGCUCAAUAUUGCAAAAUACAAUAUUUUGCUUUUUAUUUCACACGUGCAUUAUCAUGUUGGUUUAUUGCCAUGGCAUGCAUUGAUAGAUAUUUACAUAGUUCACACGAUAUAUUUUUACGUCGCAUGAGCUCAUUAAAAGUUGCAAAACUAUCAGUUGCAAUAGUUAGCAUUGUAGUUCCUAUUUUAUAUUGUCAUAUGAUUAUUUUUUAUAAUCUAAUACAAGUAAAAAAAUCAUCUGGAAUUAUAGCAUAUUCUUGUAUUAUUCAAGAUACUACUUAUUCUACAUUCAUUACAAUAUGGCAUUUAUUUUUAUAUUCAUUUUGCCCAUCAGUUUUAAUGCUUAUUUUUGGUUGUCUCACAUUGAGAAGUAUUCGUAUGCAUCGUCAAAUUAUUCCACAAAAUAUGAACAACAAUCGAAUUUCUCGACGAACAAGCAUUGAGCUCCUACGUAUGUUAUCAGCUCAAGUACUUGUAAUUAUUAUUAGUACUUCAGCAAGUUCUAUCUACCAACUUUAUGCAUUAUUCACCAGUAAUGUGACUAAGGAUACACUUCGAAUUAGUCAAGAAAAUGCAGCUGGUAAAAUAUUAGCUGUACUAUCAUAUUUUGCUCAUUCAACUAGCUUUUAUAUGUUUACAUUAACUGGUAGUAUUUUUAGAAAAGAAGUUUUCAAAAUUAUCGGACAAUGUUCACUUUAUAAGCGAAAUCGUGUGCAUAUAACUGGUGUUCAAACACAUCAAAUGUCAUCAUUACAAUAUAAUCAACAAACUAAUACCAUAUUAAAAAAUAGUGUAGGACAACAACGUCACUCAUGA